AUGCAUUUUGCCUCCAGCGACGUCAAUCCCUUUGUUCACCAAUGGCAAGAAGAAGAGCCAAACCAAAGGUGCUACAAGAACCAGGUGUUUGGAAGUGCUGCUGACAUAUCUUGCAAAUCACCCAUGCUGGAUUCCACUGACAAACGCAUCACUAGAUGCUGCAGUGUCGACAACGGUUUAAACUUACAGAACUGUCCUUUCAACUCCCACCUGAGCACUUACGCCAACAACAAGGGACUAUCCAGCACCCUGAGCAGCAUGGAGGAAGAUUUAAAAGAUCAAACGUCCCCCAAAGCCCAUCUGAAAGGACAUACUAACCAAGCCUCUAGUAUUGACGAUCACAAUCAACCACUGAUCCGGACCAUGAGUUGUAACUCUUCUUCUUGCAACGAUGUAUCUGGAGAUCCUGGUAACAGCUCUGGCCAGGUGGAUGAGAUCAUGUUGGUCUACUCCUCAGAGCGGGAGUCUCAAUGUAACGGGUUUCAGAGUCCUGAAACACACACCACAUGUGACCACAGCACCCAGACAACCAUGACUCAAGAAACCAUGACUCAGACAACGAUCAACCAUAGUGAUCUACAGAGGAGAAACAACCAUCACAGAAGGAGCAGCACUCAGGUACCAGUGUCUCAGAAGAAUACAGAGGCCAGUAGAAAGACCACCACAUGGGCCAGCCUUCAAAACAUGUCUGAGCAUCUCUCUCAGCUGAUACACAACACUUCCGAUCUUCUGGGAAAUGUUCAGGGUAUGAGGUCUGGCGAUAGCCUCAAACAUAGUCCGAUAAGAAAUGUUAAAUCUUCAUCUCAUCUGUACUCCUCCAAAGAUUGGACCAAGAGAGACUGCUCAACCCAAACUGCAGUAGAUAUUGGGAUCCAGACUGAAAGGACUCCGUCUACAGAGAGGUCCAAAGCUCAUGAAGUUAAUGUGAUAGUCAAAGUGAUUGGCUCAGAAGUUCUCAAUGUGUCACAAGAGAAAGAGCUCCCCCUUCAACAUCAACUCAAGAACAGGCCAGAUGAUAGGAUUCAGAGCAUGCCUGACCUGCGACUCAAUGGCUCCACUGUUAACAAGAGAUAUAUCUUGGAACCAGAGAGUGUCCCUCACAAAGUGCCUUCUCUGGAGACUGUUGUCCAACGUCACAGCCAUUCAAAACCUGCUGUUCAUUGUAGAAGCAAUGAGGACUGCAAACCUGAGAGAGUGAACUUCUCCAAAAGCUUGGGAGUCUCUGAAGUCUGCAAUAAUUUGUCAGAAAUACUCAGACCAGACAGCCAUAACGUCUUGAGAAGGAGUGACCCGGGAAUAGGCUGUAAAAAACAAGUGAGCUCCACAGACCGUGCAUGCUCACCCAUUCUCACUGUGGGUCCCAGGAGUGGUUCCAACCAGAGCAGUAGAAAGUCUUUACAGAGUCUCAAAGAACAACAGAAGUUUGAGAUGCAAAAUAGAAGUAAAGAACACGUUUCGGACCGAAAAGAUUGCCAGUCAACACCUUGUUUAAAUUUCAGCGAACACAAAACAUGCAUAUCUUUCACAAAGAAUGAUAAGAUAUCAGGACAUGACUCCCUUUAUCUUUCUGGGAAGCCUUGUAAUGUCUCCACCACAAAAUCAACGGGAUCAAUAUCUCUCGAGAAUGUGAGUGCCCUCAGCCAUUCAAAAGGGUCUGAUGGACGCUCAGAAAGUCUUAGUUCGUCCAUUGAUAAAUACAUCCACAAUGAAAACCAGGAUUGUCAGCCACGAAGAAGAAAGGGCAAUGAGCACAUGGCACAAAACCAGCCAAAGUCCAAGAUGGUCUCUUCCUUCUGUUCUAAGCAGUAAUGGAGUCACUAUACCGAACCACACCUCUCUCACCUUCAGACAGACUGGUGUGUCCAAACAGGAGGAGAAAUCCAUCUCUACUUUUGGAGAUCAACUAAGCCACAGGAGACAUUCAAUAGACUACCACCACUGUAGACCAUCAGAGGGUCCAGUAGAUUGCUUCAGUGGUACUUAUGAACAUUCCCCUCUCAGUGACAACACCAUCCAGGUUCAGGAGGAUGACAUGGUGUCAUUGGCCCCAAGCGAGUGCAAUACAGACGUCCUAGUGAACAUCAACCCAGUCACCCACACUUCCAACUUCCAACACUCCCCACAGCAGCGAGAUCGCCAGUGUCUGCCUGAGGACCUACCUGUGCACAACAAGUUCACCAACUGGUCCGGCAUCAGCCAGCAUCCAUCUGAUAGAGGACAGAUCAGUAGUUCAAUGAAACCAGCCAUAUAUCUACCCACUGGUCACAAAGCACAGAGGAACCAGCCAGAGUGGUCCAGUCUGAGUCCAGAGUCCAUGUUCCAGAAGGACAGGAAGACGAGGGAGAUAGAGAGGCUGCGUAAGGAGCGAGAGCAGGUCAUGUCUACAGUCCAACUGAACAUGAACCCUCAUCAGCUGACCGUGGAGCUGACUGAAGCAAAGCUACACUACGGUCUGGGAGAGACAGACAUGCUAUUGAAGAUCCUAACAUCUGGAGAAACCAAGGAGGAGGAACCAUCCGCUGUCCCUACGAAACAGCAGCUCUAUGACCGGUAAGGCUGGCCCUAUGUAUGUGAUUAAGGCUGAAAAAGGCCCUAUGUAUGUGAUUGUGUUCAAAUUAUGAUUUAAUUAGAUAACUUUAAAAUGGUAGUUUUUUAAAUGUAAAUUAUUCUCUAUGUUCCUCUUGUUUCAGGCACCGGAGGAGCAUCAACGGUUUGAGGCAGGAGAGGGACGCUCGGCUUCAGACCUGUCGUCGGGCUCGCAGCCUCAGCCCCAGCAAACAUAACUACCCCCAUUCCCCUCCUCAAUCCCAAUCCCCGUCUCACCUCCGAUCCCCUCCUCAAAAAGCCAUAUCCUCCUCCAGGAUUUCAACCUUGCCUAGCCAACGCAGAGAGUACCUCCAACAGCUCCGCCAAGAAGAAGUGGAGGGCAGUAGGUAAGACACUACCCCAGGAGCCAGAUCAAAUAAUAUUUUUGUGCUAAAUUGCUCAACAGUUUUCAAUGUCAGAUUAUAUAGUCUCUGUCGUAAAGAGGGUUAUAUCGGUGGAUUAAUUUAUCAAUUGAUUGAUUGUAAAUCUGUCUUUCCCCAGGAUCCCAGAUCCACCCAGAGGAGAGGGUCAUUAUCCCUCUGAGAUAGAGCAGCUGCUGCGGGACUAUGGCCGUGCCCGUGAGGAGGCCAGGACAGAAAUAGCGCGCGCAAGGGAACGGCUGCGUGAGAGGACAGAGCAGGAGAAGAGACGUCUCCAGCAACAGGCUCUGUCUCAGGUGGUCAAGGUUAGUCCCAGCAAGAAGUCAUAGUUUCACACUCCAUAGAUAGUUGAAAGCCUCAAGAUGUAUUCAGCAUAUUUUCUACAAUCAUUCUAUAACAAAAUCUUUCUGUCACCUCCCUCCGAGUCCAUUGACUAUGGACUCGGAGGGAACAUGACUCCCUGUCAAAAUAAAGGUUAAAUAACCCUUUAACCCUAUUCUCAACCAGCUGGUAAAGCAUGUUUUGACAAUGGAUUUAGAAGCGGAUAUGGAAAAAAAACUUCACUUGAACUUGAUUGGUCAACUCCCCCAGCAACAAUUUACAUAAUUUGUAUCCUUUUCAGGUGCUGCAGUUCAGUGUUGUGACACUCUAACUUUGCCCACCUAGAGGGCUGUAAGUAAACUCUAAAUCAGUCACCAAAGAUAGGGGAUAAAAGGCAGGAAUUGAGCUGGUGAGGGAUUAAUAUUGCACCAUUCCUGUUAGUAGAGGCCUUGAAGAGUAGGAAUAUGAAAAUAAAUAGUUAAAAUGCAGUAAAAAAAAGUACGGUGGACUAAGAAUAGGGUACAUUUAUUUUUUAUUAAAAAUACUUAUUUUGGUAAAAGAUGUGAUUGAAUUGCUGACAACACACUAUAUUAGGCAACAUAAAUUGGUUAAACCACAUUUCAUGGGGUCAAUUCAUCAAUAUUCAGACUUAAGGUCGCCUAUAAAAUAAUUCCUAUAAUAGUAAUAAAAAACUGCACAUUGUCAUAUAUUAUCUCAAGAUGUAGUCUGAAGAUGUGGGAAACAUUGUGGAAGAACCUGGAUCAUUUGAAAUUUAAGAAAAAACAUUUUGAGCAACAUUGCACUAUACACUAUCUGAAAACGCAUUAAUUUAAAUGUAAUUGAAUAUUCAUGUUUGGAUAUACAAAAUUACCAUAAUUUGUAAACAUUUGACAUCAGUCCUUAUUUAACAAUGCUUACCUACCUAUAAAAGCCAUUGAAGCAGACCUAAAGUAUUUUUUUUUAAUAUUGUUGAAAUGAGUGAAAAUGCUAUGCAAAUGGUAUGACCUUCUUUUGACAUAUCAACCGCCUGGUAGAGCUCUGUUAUUUCCAAAAUAAACAUCAAGUUGAAAAAUAAAAACUAUUGGAAGUUCUUAUUUGAGUUACGAGAAUGGCUUACCAAGAAAAACUUCCAAAAGGACUAAUUUGAGGUUAAAAGGAGUUGGAGCUCUCAACAAAAAAGGCAGAGAUUGAUUUCUUAUUGCUCACGUUCAAAUUUCACCAAGAGGAUGUGAUAUCGUACGUAAACUAAAACAAAGAGAGGCAUUCUGGCAGUACUCCUUAGACACUGUGAAUCCAAAGAGGCUAAACAAUGAUUUUUCACUGUCCUCGUUUCUAUACAAAAUAGUGCGAAGGCUCACCUGAACUCUUAUUUGAUUUGUAAGUAAUAGGAAUUUAAGGUGAAAUCAUUUUUUCAAUGUUUUUCAAUGAGAGACAGUUAAAGGGAUACAUAAAUAAAUCAAAUUGACUAGAAGGUGGAACUAUUUUUCAUGGAUCCAGCUCGAAGGACCAUGAAAAGAACGCCACCUUAUAUUCAGAUACUUACACUACAUGACCACAAGUAUGUGGACACCUGCUCGUCGAACAUCUCAUUCCAAAAUCAUGGGCAUUAAUAUGGAGUUGGUCCCCCCUUUGCUGCUAUAAACAGCCUCCACUCUUCUGGGAAGGCUUUCCACUAGAUGUUGGAACAUUGCUGCAGGGACUUGCUUCCAUUCAGACACAAGAGCAUUAGUGAGGUCGGACACUGAUGUUGGGCGAUUAGGCCUUGCUCUCAGUCGGCAUUCCAAUUCAUCCCAAAGGUCUUCGAUUGGGUUGAGGUCAGGGCUCUGUGCAGGCCAGACAAUUUCUUCCACACCCAUCUCGACAAACCAUUUCUGUAUGGACCUCGCUUUGUGCACGGGGGCACUGUCAUGCUGAAACAGGAAAGUGCCUUCCCCAAACUGUUGCCACAAAAUUGGAAGCACAGAAUCGUCUAGAAUGUCAUUGUAUGCUGUAGCGUUGAUUUACCUUCACUGACACUAAGGGGCCUAGCCCGAACCAUGAAAAACAGCCCCAGACCAUUAUUCUUCCUCCACCAAACUUUACAGUUGGCACUAUGCAUUCGGGCAGGUAGCGUUCUCCUGGUAUCCACCAAACUCCUGCCAUCCGCCAAAUGGUGAAGCGUGAUUCAUCACUCCAGAGAACGCGUCCACUGCUCUAGAGUCCAAUUGCGACGGGCUUUACACCACUCCAGCCGGACGCUUGGCAUUGCGCAUGGUGAUCUUAGGCUUGUGUGCGGCUGCUCGGCCAUGGAAACCCAUUUCAUGAAGCUCCCGACAAACAGUUAUUGUGCUGACGUUGCUUCCAGAUGCAGUUUGGAACUCAGUAGUGAGUGUUGUAACCGAGGAGAGACAAUUUUUAUGCGCUACGUGCUUCCCGUUCUGUGAGCUUGUGUUACCUACCACUUCGUGGCUGAGCCGCUGUUGCUCCUAGACGUUUCCACUUCACAAUAACAGCACUUACAGUUGACCGGGGCAGCUCUAGCAGGGCAGACAUUUUACGAACUGACCUGUUGGAAAGGUGGCAUCCUAUGACGGUGCCACGUUGAAAGUCACUGAGCUCUUCAUUAAGGCCAUUCUACUGUCAAUGUUUGUCUAUGGAGAUUGCAUGGCGGUGUGCUCAAUUUUAUAUACCUGUCAGCAACGGGUGUGGUUGAAAUAGCCGAAUCCACUAAUUUGAAGGGGUGUCCACAUACUUUUGUAUAUAUUGUGUAUGUUGUCCCCUGAUCUGUGCUGUUUUCCUAAAACAUAUCCAUCGCUCUUCUUCUCUGUCUACUGAUUAUUCAUUCACGUUUAGGAUGACUUGCGGUAUCGGACCAGAGUCAGCAACAGUACACUGUGCACUGGGUCGAGUCUGAGCCUAUCAUCUGGACCAACCUCUGGCUACAACAGUGGAAACACAGCUCAGUUGAAGGACGGCAGUAGACCCUCACUGACACUGCAGGUACUGUACUAGUUUUAGAAGACGUUUUUUGUUGUUUGCUUACACCCAGGGACUGCACUUGGAAACUAGCCGGCUGGUUAAAACUGGCACAUUUACAGUAAUGUUGAUUAAUGUGCACUGUCCCUGAAAAACGAAAUGUUAUAAAGUUAAGUAAAGCCUAAUGGCUGGUUUAUAGUUAGUCUGACAACAGGACUGUAGAGAACUAGAACAAUACAUACAGUAUACUGUAUCUAUGGACAGUCGGUAGACUUACUGUAAACCAAACUUAAAGUAACUGUCCAGUGAAAAUCUCACUUUUUAAAAGUUCAUAUUCUAUUAACUCAGACGAAAAUAUUGUUGUUGACUCAUCCUAUACUUGUAUUUAUGGCCAAAGCAUAAAUUGGAGAAAAAAACCUUCAAAAACCCCACCUCAAACUUGUAUCUGGAACAGACCGUUUAAAAAAUGCUUGCUGUUUCCUCAUAGAGGAUGAUGUCAUCCUCCUGAGGAGGAUUAGCUGGCCAAUCAGUCGUCUACUCGCAUGAAUAUUUUUUAUAACCGGUAUACACACACAUCAUUCUGUUGUUGGAGUACGCCGACACCAUUCCAACACAGAAAAGCUGCAUUUUAACAUACUUAAUUUUGAAUUUUUGGAAGGAAAACUAUUUCACUCAUAUUGUAAUUAAUUAUAGGUCAUAUUUCAUAGAAAUCUGGAAACACUGGACAGUUACUUUAAGGGUGUUAGAUAUUACAAAAAUGUAAAAUGUAAAAUGUAAUUACAGACUAUUUACAGUGUGGUGCAAUGCAUCAGAUGAUUGGUUGUUCAAUGUCUUAAUGUGUUUGUAUUUGGGCUGUCAAACGAUUGAAAUAAUUAUUUGAGUUAAUGGAAUUAGUUAAUCGCGACGAUUAAUCGCAAUUUUAGAAUUUGUUCAAAUUUGGCCCUAAAUAUAUAUUUCUUAUACAAGAAACACAAAAUAAUCUGUAUCAGAAUGUUUUUAAUGGCAUUUUCACCACAAACAACACAAAAGUCACGUACAGCUGAUAAUGCACCCAAUGUUUAAGUAGGCCUACUCUCUCUUAUCAAUGUUCUUGAAGUUUAACACUUGCGAGCGCUCACGCACGCACCACACACACACACACACACACACACACACACACACACACACACACACACACACACACACUCAUGUACUGUUAAAGCUUCAAGCAUUCUAAAUAAGUAUUCUCCUAAUUUCUGAUUGGAGGCUUGACUAUAGGAAAAAAGAACUGGCUCUAUGGAUUUUAAACCUGUCCCAACAAUGUUAUGAAUUCCACAGAAGACAAUAACAACAGAUCAGCCAGGUCUGAGUUCAUGUAAAAUAUAAUACAGCUAUUAGAUCUAAUACUUAUCCAUGUUCUUCAACAAAAACUAUUCACAAGCUGCUAAUACUACAAUUGGGAUAAUUUGCUUAAAUCAUUUGACCUGAGAACUACAACAAAAACAGUACUUAAAUGGAAUGGAUGUCCUGUUCAGAUUAAAAUCAUUGUGGGAAGUUAGUUGAAUCAAGAGACAUUCAGCCAUGGCAUUGUAAAUAUUAUUUUUUGGUUAGCUAGCUAGCUAAGGUUAGCAGAACUAGCUGACCAACUUUUUAUUUAGUUUGUCAUUUUUUCAGACGGGGGUUACAGGUACAGGUAUAACAUUCAUAUUAAUUCAGAUACACUACCGGUCAAGUGAAGACAUCAAAACUAUGCAAUAACACAUAUGGAGUCAUGUAGUAACCAAUUUAUAUUUGAGAUUCUUCAACUGACCCAACACACCUCCAGGCUGUGUAAGGGCUAUUUUACCAAGAAGGAGAGUGAUGGAGUGCUGCAUCAGAUAACCUGGCCUCCACAAUCCCCCGACCUCAACCAAAUUGAAAUGGUUUGGGAUGAGUCGGACCGCAGAGUGAAGGAAAAGCAGCCAACAAGUGUUCAGCAUAUGUGGGAACUCCUUCAAGACUGUUGGAAAAGCAUUCCAGGUGAAGCUGGUUGAGAGAAUGCCAAGAGUGUGCAAAGCUGUCAUCAAGGCAAAGGGAGGCAAUUUGAAGAAUCUCAAAUAUAACAUAUAUUUUGAUUUGUUUAACACUUUUUUGGUUACUAAAUGAUUCCAUAUGUGUUAUUUAUUGUGGUCCUCUGUAGCUCAGCUGGUAGAGCACGGCGCUUGUAACGCCAAGGUAGUGGGUUCGAUCCCCGGGACCACCCAUACACAAAAAAAUGUAUGCACGCACGACUGUAAGUCGCUUUGGAUAAAAGCGUCUGCUAAAUGGCAUAUUAUUAUUAUUAAUAGUUUUGAUGUCUUCACUAUUAUUCUACAAUGUAGAAAAUAGUAAAAAAUAAAGCAUAACCCUUGAAUGAGUAGGUGUUCUAAAACUUUUGACCGGUAGUAUAUGUUCAUACAUUCAGUUAUAAUAUUUGCAUUUCAUAUUUCAUACUUUAUGGUACCUAUGGGCUGCCACUCUAAAAAAAAAAAAAAAAAACCCACAAAAAACAAUCAGAGAAAUGCAUACAAAGACAAAGAACAGCAUCAACAGUUUUGUAAUAUUCUAUAUGCAAUGGGAAAACCCCCCCAAAAUGCUCCCCCUCCCCAACCCCCCCAGUCCCCAUCCACCCACCAGCAUCCUCCCUUCCCACCCGGAUACCAUGUUUCCCACCUAUUCCCACCCCUUCCCACCCGUUACCUUUGACAGUCCUAGUUUGUUUUUGUCCCUAUUUAAAUAAACUAAAAAUAAAUAAAGAGCCUAAUGAAUUCUCUGUGUUGUUUUUGUCUGGUCCCAGGUCACUGGGCUCCCAGAUGAUGGGAUAAAUGUGUUGAAGGUCAGGUCUCGCCCUCCCAUCUGUGGUUCUCAGAGUGUGAAGACCCAGCGUGCCUGGCUCUCUGCCCAAGGUAAGGAUUGAGUGACUCACUACCACUACCGCCAGCCGCUGUUUUCAUGCACAAGGCAGAGACAACAUCUCUCCACUUCUGAUGGUCUAAAGCAUGUUUGGCAGCCUGGCAUAAAUUAAUGUAGCCUCCCUUCAACAGCUUUUCUUCUUUUGGGGCAUCCACAUUUGCGUCUUCCUUCUGGAGUCCCCCUGAGCCUCUCUCUACUUCCUAAUUUUCAACAAACAAUUGCAAUUGGGCGGCAGGUAGCUUAGUGGGUGAGAGCGUUGUGCCAGUAACCGAAAGGUCGCUGGUUCUAAUCCCCGAGCCGACUAGGUGAAAAAUCUGUCGAUGUGCCCUUGAGCAAGGCACUUAACCCUAAUUGCUCCUGUAAGUCGCUCUGGAUAAGAGCGUCUGCUAAAUGACUUAAAUGUAAAAAAAAUGUAAAUGUAAUACUUUGAAUACCCAUAUUAACCAUUAGCAGUGUUUCCUCUGAAAAAUUGUUUUGCAGUGGGGAGAAAAGGUAGCUGAAUCUCAGUUAUGGUGACUACUCCAAAAUGAAUUAAAAUAAAAUGAUGCUGACACCAUCUAAAAUAGAAUUUCCACCUCCAGAAAUGAUCCGGUAUGCUAUUAGCAAUAAGCAUUAUCACCUGUAGCCCAACUGAUGCAGCAUAGUGGCUAUAAGAUAAAUAGGCUGAAUCAUAGGGUUGCCUAUCUGCAUUUACCCUAUUGGGUUCAUCAUUAUCUAGAUCUAAAUGUGAUAUUUUAACUACACUGAACAAAAAAUAUAAACGCAACAUGUAAAGUGUUGGUCCCAUGUUUCAUGAGCUGAAAUAAAAGAUCCCAGAAAUGUUCCAUAUGCGCAAAAAGCAUAUUUCUCUCACAUUUUGUGCACAAAUUUGUUUACAUCCUUGUUAGUGAGCAUUUCUCCUUUGCCAAGAUAAUCCAUCAAGAAUAUGGUUAAACAACAUGAUCAUUACACAGGUGCACCUUGUGCUGGGGACAAUAAAAAGUCACUCUAAAAUGUGCAGUUUUGUCCCACAACACAAUGCCACAGAUGUCUUAAGUUUGAGGGAGUUUGCAAUUGGAAUGCUGACUGCAGGAAUGUCCACCGGAGCUGUUGCCAGAUAAUUGAAUGUUCAUUUCUCUACCAUAAGCUGCCACCAGCGUCAUUUUAGAGAAUUUGGCAGUACAUCCAACCGGCCUCACAACCGCACAACACAUGUAUGGCGUCGUGUGGGUGAGCGGUUUACUGAUGUCAACGUUGUGAACAGAGUGUCCCAUGGUGGCGGUGGGGUUAUGGUAUGGGCAGGCAUAAGCUACGGACAACAAACACAAUUGCAUUUUAUCGAUGGCAAUUUGAAUGCACAUUGAUACCGUGACGAGAUCCUGAGGCCCAUUGUCGUGCCAUUCAUCCACCGCCGUCACCUCAUGUUUCAGCAUGAUAAUGCACAGCCCCAUGUCGCAAGGAUCUGUACACAAUUCCUGGAAGCUGAAAAUGUCCGAUUUCUUCCAUGGCCUGCAUAUUCACCAGACAUGUCACCCAUUGAGCAUGUUUGGGAUGCUCUGGAUUGACGUGUAUGACAGCAUGUUCCAGUUCCCGCCAAUAUCCAGCAACUUCACACAGCCAUUGAAGAGGAGUAAAACCUUCCACAGGUGACAAUCAACAGUCUGAUCAUCUCUAUGCGAAGAAGAUGUGUCGCGCUGCAUGAGGCAAAUGGUGGUCACACCAGAUACUGACUGGUUCUCUGAUCCACGCCCCCACAUUUUUUAAAAGGUAUCUGUGACCAACGGAUGCAUAUUUGUAUUCCCAGUCAUGUGACAUCUAUAGAUUAGGGCCUAAUUUAGGGACUGAUUUCCUUAUAUGAACUGAAACUCAGUAAAAUCUUUGAAAUUGUUGCAUGUUGCAUUUAUAUAGCAUCCUGUUGAAUUUUAGGUCCCAAAAAACUUUCAUAAACACAGUGAAUAUAAUGUAGGCCUACCUGUUAGGGUAACUUUGGGUGACCCGCCCACCCCCUUGUACUUCUCACAGAAACCGCUUCAUGUCGCAAUUUUUUCCCCCAACACUUUCUCUGGUUGCCACUACUCUUGCUCAACAGAAAAUGUAAUCCGUCUCAUCACUAUUUUUUAAGUCACUACAAUUUUAUUUUUGUGAUAGGUUGGUGUUUUACCCUAAGUUACCAUUCAAUUGACCCAUUUGACAUUUAGCCUCACUUUCCCCUAUGCAUUCAUGGUGAAUUGUGGAGUGGUAAUGUGCCGCUGCUAAAAACUGAGGGUUUGAAAUGGAGCAGUUUGGGCAUAUUUAGGACUUGAGAAAUAAAUAAAAUAGGACUGGAAAGCUGGAAACCCACUCUUUUUAACAAAGGCCAUUCAUGUAUAUUUCCCUCCCUAUGGCACUCGUAACUUGAAUGCGCCUCGAGAUGAAUGUUUCUCUCGUAUAGAACACACAACAACAAUCCGACCAGGUAAAUAAAAUAUUAUUCUAUUGGGUUGUCAGAAUUUUCUAUUCAUUACUCGUUUUGUUUGCAGAGGAAACGUAAAUGUGGACUGUUCUAGCAUCUUCAAAGUGCGCCUCGGCAGAUACACUGCUCAAAAAACAUAAAGGGAACACUAAAAUAACACAUCCUAGAUCUGAAUGAAUGAAAUAAUCUUAUUAAAUACUUUUUUCUUUACAUAGUUGAAUGUGCUGACAACAAAAUCACACAAAAAUUAUCAAUGGAAAUCAAAUGUAUCAACCCAUGGAGGUCUGGAUUUGGAGUCACCCUCAAAAUUAAAGUGGAAAACCACACUACAGGCUGAUCCAACUUUGAUGUAAUGUCCUUAAAACAAGUCAAAAUGAGGCUCAGUAGUGUGUGUGGCCUCCACAUGCCUGUAUGACCUCCCUACAACGCCUGGGCAUGCUCCUGAUGAGGUGGCGGAUGGUCUCCUGAGGGAUCUCCUCCCAGACCUGGACUAAAGCAUCCGCCAACUCCUGGACAGUCUGUGGUGCAACGUGGCGUUGGUGGAUGGAGCGAGACAUGAUGUCCCAGAUGUGCUCAAUUGGAUUCAGGUCUGGGGAACGGGCGGGCCAGUCCAUAGCAUCAAUGCCUUCCUCUUGCAGGAACUGCUGACACACUCCAGCCACAUGAGGUCUAGCAUUGUCUUGCAUUAGGAGGAACCCAGGGCCAACCGCACCAGCAUAUGGUCUCACAAGGGGUCUGAGGAUCUCAUCUAGGUACCUAAUGGCAGUCAGGCUACCUCUGGCGAGCACAUGGAGGGCUGUGCGGCCCCCCAAAGAAAUGCCACCCCACACCAUGACUGACCCACCGCCAAACCGGUCAUGCUGGAGGAUGUUGCAGGCAGCAGAACAUUCUCCACGGCGUCUCCAGACUCUGUCACGUCUGCCACAUGUGCUCAGUGUGAACCUGCUUUCAUCUGUGAAGAGCACAGGGCGCCAGUGGCGAAUUUGCCAAUCUUGGUGUUCUCUGGCAAAUGCCAAACGUCCUGCACGGUGUUGGGCUGUAAGCACAACCCCCACCUGUGGAUGUCGGGCCCUCAUACCACCCUCAUGGAGUCUGUUUCUGACCGUUUGAGCAGACACAUGCACAUUUGUGGCCUGCUGGAGGUCAUUUUGCAGGGCUCUGGCAGUGCUCCUCCUGCUCCUCCUUACACAAAGGCGGAGGUAGUGGUCCUGCUGCUGGGUUGUUGCCCUCCUACGGCCUCCUCCACGUCUCCUGAUGUACUGGCCUGUCUCCUGGUAGCGCCUCCAUGCUCUGGACACUACGCUGACAGACACAGCAAACCUUCUUGCCACAGCUCGCCUUGAUGUGCCAUCCUGGAUGAGCUGCACUACCUGAGCCACUUGUGUGGGUUGUAGACUCCGUCUCAUGCUACCACUAGAGUGAAAGCACCGCCAGCAUUCAAAGGUGACCAAAACAUCAGCCAGGAAGCAUAGGAACUGAGAAGUGGUCUGUGGUCACCACCUGCAAAACCAGUCCUUUAUUGGGGGAUGUCUUGCUAAUUGCCUAUAAUUUCCACCUGUUGUCUAUUCCAUUUGCACAACAGCAUGUGAAAUGUAUUGUCAAUCAGUGUUGCUUCCUAAGUGGACAGUUUGAUUUCACAGAAGUGUGAUUGACAUGGAGUUACAUUGUGUUGUUUAAGUGUUCCCUUUAUUUUUUUGAGCAGUGUAUAUUCUUUCAUGUUCCAUAUUAUUUUGCCGUGGCGCAGCGCCGCAGCUAAAUGAUUGCAGUGGAAACACUGCCAUUAGUGUCUUUUCUCCUGUGUCUUGUGUAGAUGUACGACUGGAGCCUGGUGUGUCAGGGUCUGACCCUCUGAUGUCAUUCUCACCGUCAUCUCCCACAAGCCUACGCCAGUGCACAGCCUCCUUUGGCUCCGCCUCCUCCAUAUCUACAGCCUAUCAGGACCUCACGUCCUGUCUGCUUGGCCAAGCUAUGGCUGAGGUAGAACAUGACACUUUUCCCUUAAAAGUAGAAUCUAGUCAUCCUAUUUCUAUGGUUUCUCCUCCUCGCCAUCCACCAGUUACACAACCUUCAGCCUUUGUUGUGGAUGUACUGCAUGCUCUGACCAAAUCAAUCAGCUGAAUAAUUAUGUAAUGUAAACAUUAUUUAUGUAAACAUUGUCUAGAAUAAACAGCUGUGCUGUUCUCACCUUUGCUCCAGGUGCGCUUGGCUGCUGCUGGUGACAUGGGGAACCUUAGUAAUGGGGAAGGCUGCUGCUGGUUGGAGGUGAGUUGCACUGUGGUUUCUCCUCUUGUCAUUUUCCUAAUAAUUUGUAAAGACUUCUGAGAGAAAACAUGGUAAACACUUCACGUAACCCAUAUUAUAACACAUGACAAAGGCUCAUACACCCUUAUAAGUUAAAAAGCAUCAAAAAGUACACCUGCAGGCUUAAAGUAAAGUGUUACCAAAACAUGUUAUACUGUAGGUACACUAAUAUUAGAUACUAUGUAUUAACCACCUCCCUGUCCUCUCUCUAUCAGUUAUCAGGGGAUAGAGCGAGGUGUCCAGGCCUUCUACAAGCCCUCCUCUAGCCCGUCAGUUCACUCGUUCCUGGGGGUGGUGGAGCUAGAGAGGCCCAUGGCCAGCCUGUGGAGCAUGGUCCGAGACCACUCCAAGACCCACCUGUACCACAAGGCUGUCCAGUCAGCCCGGACACGGCCACUAGAUGACAGCACUCAGCUGGGUGAGUCUGCUGGCUGGAGUAUAGCAGGGUUGGGGUCAAUUCUCUACUUGAAAAUGGUGAAAGCCUUCAAUGCUGCUGCCCAUGCUAAAACAGGCGUCUAUCCAUGUCUAUUCCAUUUCAGUUCAUACAAAUUACUUCCAGGAAGUAAAGUGAAAUUCAGAUUCCAAUUGUAAUUUUCCUCAUGCUUUUCCAUGUGUUUCUCCUCAGUGUACCUGUUGACAGACCCGUCCAGCUGCCACCUCAAACAGCCCAGAGACUUCUGCUGCAUCAGCACCCAAUCACGACAGGUCAGUAGGGUCAGAGGUCAGAGGUCAAAGCCACACACUUGCUGGACCUCCAGCUGACUUCCAAGUCCUAACUGAUCUUUCUUACCAAGAGUCGUUUUAAAUGUUCAACUGCACAGCAAAUUGGCCAGUGUUACCUAGUGUUGAUUUUGAUUCAGAUGUUAAAUUAACUCUGUAAGUUUUAAAUUAACACUCAUUGGUUUAAAAGAACACCAGUGUUGGUGUUAAUAACCAGUGUUAAACAAAAACCAUGCCCAUCAUUAUCAUAUUUCCCAGCAUGCUCUAUUGCAGGUUGAUUUUUUGAAUAGUUUUUUUCAAUAUGUAUGUUUUUGCAUGUACAUUGAUUUAUUUAAUUCAUCUUAUGCUACUCACAUAUAAAUAACAUAUAUAUUUUUAAAUCUUAUCCAGUCUGUUACUUGGACUAAUUGCACCUGGUACUGAAAUGGUUGGUCCAGUUUAGAUGCUUAAGGUAGACUCAUAUCUUAGUCUUCCCAACCUGGCAGUCAUUCUGAAUGCAGGUUGUGGGUGAAUAAAAAUUCAAAAUGCUGGAUAUCCCUGCUGGAUUCCAAUAGUAAUUAUACGUCAUGAAAAUGAAUGAAUGCAACAAUCAUGUCUCUGUCACUAACAAAUAUAAUCAUGAGUGGUAACUCUACAAUUCACUUGAAAGGCAAGGCACUAAGCAGUGUGUUAAUUUAACACUGAAAAGUGUGGACCCGUAUAGACACUGGACCAGUGUUACAUUGAGCACUGUCAGUGUUGAUUUAACACUGGAGAAUUUGCUGUGUGGAAUCAGGGGGACAGAGGACAUCCUCAUUUCAGGGGCAAUGAUUGUUAUUGCACUAUAGCCAGGUAGUUUUUUUCAUUUUUUAUUGUCACAUACACUAGAUAGGUGCAGUGAAAUGUGUUGUUUUACAGGGUUCAGCCAUAGUAGUACGGUGACCGUGAAGCAAAUUAUGGUUAAGUGCCUUGCUCAAGGGUACAUGGACAGAUUUUUCACCUUGUCCUCUCGGGUAUUUGAACCAACGCUCUAACCGCUAGGCUACAUGUCACCCUUUUUUAUUUUUUACAUGGUUUAUUUUUUACAUAGUCAGGAAAACGUCUAACUCAGUACCCUCUCUCUCUUAGGAUGACCUUUGUGUGCUGGCCAUGCAGUCUGUCUUUGAGGAGUCUCUCCCUCGGCCCAGUGUGGAGGCCAUCCGGGGGGAGAUGUUGCCUAGCGCCUGGGUCCUUCAGCCAAUCACACGCCACGGCCGAGAGGUUGUCAGGGUCAUCUACCUGCUGCAGGUGAGACAGGAACAAGUUUACUAUGACAAUGUAAAGUGGUCUGAAAAAUCUAGCAAUCAAAAUCUAUUUAUCAAUCUUGUUUUACAUCAACAGUUCUUAAGAGCUCUUCAGAUGCAGAUAUGCUUCAUGAUUCCUUAUCUAAAUGCGGAGUCUCUCUUCCUCUCUCUUUUCUUUUCUUCCUCCCCUUCUCUUCGCAAAUCCCUCCCUCGGUUCACUUUUUGUCCUCCUGUCUUUCAGGCCGACCUUGGCACUCCAUCCUUCCCACAGAAGCUGUUGGGAACAGUGGCUAGGAGACAGGCUGCAGUCCUGGCAGAGCUCGAUUCCCUUUUCUCUCUGUGAGACUGACAGCUGGCCAGGGUUGUGUUCAUUAGUCACCAAAUUGAAGAAAACUGACUGAAAAAGUACCUACCUGGACUUGUCCAAUAAGAAAUAAUCAUAUUUUUGUUACGUUUCAAAACAUUUUGCUAUGGUGUGCCUUUAUGAACACGCCCCAGGUUAAAGGCCACAGCAGUGAGCACUUAGACAUACAGUAUGUCCAGAAUCUGA